GCUUCCGCAGCGGGAGGGGCGCGGCGUCUGUGACGUCAUCUCCGCGGGGCGCCGGCGACCGCGCUCCGAGGCUCGUCCGCGUGCGGAGUGGCUGUCGCGAGCGCUGAAGCCGCGCGGAGUGCCCUGGUUGUCCGCUCGCGCUCGGGCCUCACGGAGAUGGCAGACGAUCUGGGAGACGAGUGGUGGGAGAACCCGCCGGCCGCUGCCGGCAGCCCAGGUAAUAAAGUGGCUCUUAAUGAAACAGAAGAAUCCCUUUCCACAGCAAACAUGCAUGAAGGACACCUCACAGUCACAUUUCUUCUUGGCAAUGGACUAUCAGGUGGUGAGGAAGGAGGAGACACGGAAAUGACGCAGCAGGACACAGCUCACGACACAGCUCCGGUUCCUGAGCCACGAAAGAAAGCCAAACAGCCUACCGAGUGUUUCUUGACACAACCAAAGGAAACAAAAGAGGGUCCCCAGAAGACCAAGAAGUGGAAAAAGAAGAAAAUUUCUGAUAUUCUUGCAAAAUCAGAGCCCAAACCAGGAACCCCUGAAGACCUUCAGAAGCUUAUCAAGGACCAUUUCAGCAACAGUCGGUCUGUGAUUGAGCUAGAAGAGCUGCAGCUGCCAGACUCCUGUUUCCUCAAGGCUAAUGACUUGACUCAUAGUCUCUCUUCAUACCUAAAAGAAAUCUGUCCAAAGUGGGUAAAACUUCGGAAAACCCACAAUGAGAAGAAGUCUGUCCUGAUGCUAAUCCUCUGCAGUUCAGCUGUUCGAGCCCUGGAGCUCAUCAGGUCUCUGACAGCAUUCAGAGGAGAUGCCAAAGUCAUGAAAUUAUUUGCAAAACACAUAAAGGUCCAGGAGCAGGUAAAGCUGCUGGAGAAGCGUGUGGUACACCUGGGUGUGGGGACUCCAGGGAGAAUCAAAGAACUUGUUAAACAAGAUGGCCUUAAUUUGAACCCCUUAAAGUUUCUGGUUUUUGACUGGAACUGGAGAGAUCAGAAGCUAAGGAGAAUGAUGGACAUUCCCGAGAUAAGAAAGGAGGUUUUUGAGCUUCUAGAUAUGGGAGUGUUCAGCCUAUGCAAGUCAGACUCCUUGAAGCUGGGUCUUUUCUAAGCCUGGUCCUGAGGAAGAGUCCAGCGCCAAUAUAUUGCAAGUGCUCACAAGCCACUGUGAUAUAAUUGCGUUAUCUGCAUCACCCAGAGGAUCACUGAAAAUGCACAGGGACUCUCGACAGCUGUGAACCUGUCCUUUGGCUCAUACCCUCAAACAAUAAAGCUCUGCCUGUGUGUGUCA